CUUCAUUCUGCUUUCAUGUGUCACCGACGUCAAACUGAUGCCAAAAAUGUAAAAUGUUUUACAAGAGAUGUUUGUUUUGUUAAUUAACCUUUUACUAUUACUAAUUUACGAAGUAGAUACGAAUAUAAGAGUUUUAGAUAGUGGUGUUUUCAAUUUCGACAAGGACGCUGUCGCCCUUCAGUUCUAUGUGGACCUGGAGAACGAGAACAGAACUCACGAGUGUGACGUGUCCUCGUGGUGCAAGCGAUGCUGCCUCGCGGCGCCGGGCGAGGCAGGGGGCGAGGCGGGCGAGGCGGAGGGCGAGGCGUGCGACGCGGUGGACGCCACCGCCACCAGCUACGACGUGAUCGCGCCGCGCGCGCGCCGCAGCCUCGCCUUCGCCUACCCCACGGCGCAGCCCUACGACCAGCGCGGCUUCUGUGACUUCAUGGUCGACUUCACCUGCGACAGGUACAAGAGGAGCCGGAAGCGCUUCGCCCUCAAAGUGCCCUUCGACACGAAGCUGACGCGCGCCGAGCACCCGGAGCUGAGCGUCGCCGCGUGCGAGUCCGCCGACCAGGACGCGCUGCGCGAGUGCGCGCCCGCCGACUGCGACCUCAAGUACAACGGACUGAAGCCCUUCUACGACGAGGAGAGCAGACGCUGCCGCCGCGCGCCGGAGUGCGUAGGGGAGGGCGCGGGGGACCUACCCGGGGCCGUGUACGUGCCGCGCAGCAACGCGUGCCGCCGCGCCGAGCGCCCGCUGUCGUUCGACGACGUGUACGCUAUGAGCCGGCCCGCGGCGCGCUACUGCGAGUGCUGCCACCAGCCGCAGUGCAUCUGCAAGAACGCGCGCGUGCGCGUGCUGUCGGACGACGUGAACGAGUUCCUGCGCAAGCUGCAGUGGCUGGCGGACUUCCUGCUGGGCCGCAUCAAGUGCAAGGACAAGGGCGCGUGCUGCGGCAUGUACCUGCUGUCGGCGGUGAGCGCGGCGGCGGCGGUGUGCAUCGGCAUGGUGUGCUGCCUGUGCGUGGUGCACACGCUGAUCGGCGUGCGGCGCGAGCUGCGCAUGAGCGAGCAGAAGGUGGGCAAGUACCGCAAGGUGGUGCGCGCGAUGACGUCGGACGUGCGCUGCACGGCGCCGUGCUCGCGCGACGAGCUGGUGGUAGCGUGCUCGCGGGAGACGGACCGGCUGGUGGGGGGGCGCGGGGGGCGCGGGGGGCUGGUGCGGGACGUCAUGCGGCGGCAGCUGCCCGAGGUGCGGUCCAGCCUGCUGGCGGCGUGCGAGGCGGCGCGGCGCCCGGGCGGGGGCGGGGGCGGCGGCCUCUCGGACUCCAGCCUCGAGGACCUACACCCGGGGCAUCUGGACACCAGCUCCACCACCUCGCUUGACGACGACGAACGCAGGCACCUCAUGAAAUAGUAUGUAAACGUAGGGUUCGUAUUAUAAUAUUGUAAUGAUCACUUUUCGUUUGAGGCAAACUGUUUAAUAAAUAGGACUCGUUUUUCCAUAAAA